GCGGAAGUAAAGUUGUGAUUUCGGGAAAACGUAAGUGAAGAUUUGUUUUUCACGGGUGGAAAACAUUGGAAAAUAGCUAACCUAUAGAAUACAUUAUGGAUGACGAGGAGGAGACCUACAGACUAUGGAAAAUCCGCAAAACAAUCAUGCAGUUGUGCCACGACAGAGGCUACCUUGUGACGCAGGAUGAGUUGGACCAGACUCUGGAUGAGUUCAAGAGCCAGUUUGGGGACAAGCCGAGUGAAGGGCGCCCACGGCGGACAGAUCUCACUGUGCUGGUCGCCCACAACGAUGACCCGACUGACCAGAUGUUUGUCUUCUUUCCAGAGGAGCCCAAGGUGGGAAUCAAGACUAUAAAGAUGUACUGCCAGCGCAUGCAGGAGGAGAAUAUCACACGUGCCUGCAUCGUGGUCCAGAUGGGGAUGACGCCUUCCGCCAAACAGUCGCUAGUGGACAUGGCACCCAAAUACAUCCUGGAGCAGUUUCUACAACAGGAGCUCCUCAUCAACAUCACAGAGCAUGAGCUGGUUCCUGAGCACAUAGUGAUGACAAAAGAAGAACUGUCAGAGUUGCUGCUUCGAUAUAAACUGAAGGAGAGCCAGCUACCCAGGAUUCAAGCAGGAGACCCUGUGGCCAGAUACUUUGGACUGAAAAGAGGACAGGUAGUGAAGAUCAUCAGACCUAGUGAGACUGCUGGUAGAUACAUCACCUACAGACUGGUGCAGUAAACACACACCAGCUCUAUUAUGGACCAGAAGGAGUAUGAGAUCUGAUGAUUGCGGACAGGGAAUGACUGAAGAUGUUUAAUAUGAAGAAGAAAGAACAUGCUCUCAUCACUUUGUCUCCCAAUAACUUUUGUGAAUAAGUUGACUUGCUUACCUUUUGGCACUACUAGUUUUUAUGAAUGUGCUUGAGGUGAUAACCUCUGCAUUUGUUGGAUUUUUUAAAAAUAAGCAUUUUUAAUUUCAACGGGCAAAUGAUUUAUUUCAGAAGAAAUAAAUCCAACUGUUUUUAAUGUCGAAGAGCAAGGCAAGGUCUUUUCACAUUCGAAAAAAUGUCCCACAUAACUGAUUGAAGUUGAAUGCACACUGAACAUUUGUGUUCAUUAUUACAAUUACAAUCUCAGCAACAAUCAUUGGGAGUCAAACAUUUGCGUAGUGCUUGACAUUUGAAUUUUAUGUCACCAAGGAUAUACAACAAAUCAUGUUAGAACUGUAACAAUAUAAACAUGUCAUCUCUCAAUGACUAGCAUACCAACCAGCAGCAGUGCUGAAGUAGUGGUGUGAGUACACAGGCAGAUGGUAGGCUGGACUAUAGACAUACCAUAUGAAUACACCAUACAAGGGGUAUACAGAGAGAAUACAAAAAGAGGAAAUUGCAGGCACAAAAACACUGAAUCUCACAUUCCUUCCUGAUAUCUCGCCAGGUAAUUAAAACAAUAAAAAUAGCUUUGUGCAGC